AAUGUAAAUCAAACUUUCGUGAAGAAACAUGGUGUCCUCCCAUCGAAGUUUACCAGGAAAACUUCAGGAAUUUACGCAUUUUCAGUGAAAUUUUCGGUGAUUUUUCAGUGCAGUUAAAACAAAAGGAGUGUUAUUCAUAGUUUGGAGGUAAAACUAGUGUGAUCCGGCGGCGAAAAUGGAUCAAACGCAGGCCGCGAAUCAGGUGGUGCACGUCCGAGAAAACUCGGAUUCGGAACUUGAGAAUCUGUUCAAAGUCUUGAACCAUAAAGAUGGCACAACCCCCGGACAAAUACCGUAUAGUAUGCGAAAACUGCCAGCGUCCUUUUUCAAACCCCCUGACAUGAUGAAAGGCAAUCAUAGCAGGGAAGGUAGUGCUGACUCUACGACAAAUAACAACUUUGUGCCAAAUCAGGGACAUGGUUCCCCUCUGCCAUCGGGGCCCGGCCUUCAGGUUCAAGGCAUCGCACAUCCGCGGGCGCACUCUUCACCCGCAAGCCUUCAACAAACUCUCAGUGCUGCCCCAGUCCCCCCACAACACACAAGACAGCAAAGUUUUGAUAUAUCUUUAGCAGCAGACUUGGACUCCAAUGAUCCACUACCUCCAGGCUGGGAAAUGGCCAAAACUGGAACAGGACAACGUUACUUUCUGAACCAUGUUGACCAAACCACAACGUGGCACGACCCCAGAAAGUCUCAAAGCACAACUGCACUGAAUCACUCCUCUCCAAUGUCUCCACCGUUGAACAACCAAAUCGGGCCAUCACUCCCGCCCGGUUGGGAACAGGCCCAAACUCCUGAUGGUGAGAUUUAUUUUAUCAACCAUGCUGAAAAGGCAACGAGUUGGUUCGAUCCACGGUUGCCUCCAAAUCUCCAAAGACCAGGCGUGCGGAUACAAAGUCCGCCGAGCCCCCAACAAGCAGUACAACAACAACAACAACAACAGCUGCAGCGUAUUAAUGCCCAGGUUGAACGGCAGAGGGGGCUCAAACUCGCGCAGCUGCAGCAGGAAAAAGAACGGUUACGGAAAAGACAAGAGGAACUUUCUAGACAAGUUUUCCAGGAGAUGCUUCUCUGUACCUCCACGAUUCAGGAGGAGAAUAUGAACACGCCCGUUUCGACACCGAGCUCGGAGAUGCAAUCCGUCACGAGUGGAGUGGAUCCAUUCCUUGGACAAGGCGGCACCACCGACUUUCACACAAGGCAGGAAAGUGCAGAUAGUGGCUUAGGUGAGCAACCACACGGUGGUAUGGGGACCAGCUAUAGCCUACCUAGAACUCCUGAAGAUUUCCUGAGUAACGUUGACGAAAUGGAAUCACAAGAUGGGGGACACAAAAUGCAGAAUCAGCCCAAUUCUGACUUCAAUAUGGAACUGCAGGGUACAACUAGCAUGGACAUCACAAGUAUUGGGGAGCAUGAUGCUCCCAACAUGGACAGUGAUGACCUCGUGCCAAGUUUGCAGGAGGACAUAAGCAACGAACUGCUUAACGACGUCGAGAGCGUGCUCAGUAGUAACAAGAUGGAGAGUCUCCUUACCUGGCUGUGAGGGGGCGCCACCCCUCACCAACUCGCAGCAUACGAAAAUGAGUAUCCAAGGCCAUCUCUUCGAGGCUCGAAAAUCAUUCCACGUGAUUUGAAAAGAAGUACGCAAAGCGAAAAGAAUGCGACGUUUUAAAUGACGACAGCGUACUUUUUAAGUUCUUACAUGUAUAUAAUCAUAAAAUGAGGGAUUUUUAUAGGCAAGAAUUUUGACUCGAACUGUUUUAUUUUUUUAAGAUUUUACUAUAAGAUAAGGAGUUUCUUCAUAUUGACUAUAGAGGGCGUUGCCCGAUUGUCGAGACUCCUGUCGGCGAAGAGAGCAGAGUUGCGACGUCUGUUGUCGAGGCACUGGUUUUGUCCGUGUGUCUAAUGUAUAUAAUGCAUACAUACAUUUACACUGCGUAUGUAUGGUUUAUUAUGUACAAAAUGAUAAGUAAAAACAUUUAAAUAAAUGCACAAAAAAACCAAAAUGGGAGCGUAUCAGGGAAUUUCACAAUAUAAAAUUUUGAUCACAGGAAAAAAUUCCAUAAAAAUAUAUAUAUAACACUUAUACACAAAAAAUGGUCUAUAUUUUUAAGGAAACUUAACCGUAAUUCUUAGAAGUUGUGUACGAUUUGCCGAGUAGUUGCAUCAUAUGUUUGUAAGGUUCUUUGAUUUCAUUCAUCGCUUCAGUGUUCUCCGCUGAUCAUUUUUGCCGGGCGAAAAAUAAAAUGAAUAUUUUGAGAUGAAAACUGGUACAAUUCUGGGUCUAUAAACCACUGUUGGUUAAUACUGUUGCCUAGAAGCAAAAUGGCCACUCAAAGAAGAUGUUUUCCAAUACACUUUGACUUUUCAAUUUGGUGGUCAUAAUUGGUCCUGAUUGGGAACCGCAGCAACAUGCAUCUUAUGAUAACAGAAUUACAAAUAUAGAAAUUACAAGGCGAAUUCUGGGUGUUCCGCUAGGCGUGUUGUUGUGGAUAUGAGCAAACCCAAGGGACAAUGGAGUCAUUUCUUUAACUUGGUACGCCCUGCUAAAAUGCCUCACGGAGAACGCUGUAUUUAUAUGUAAAGUUUGUUUACGAAUUUCCAGUUCUAAAAACCUGAGUGUUUUACUUGUUAUGAUUAGCUGCAUUUCGUUCGGAGACAAUUUAAACGAUAAUAUUCAAUCACAAACCACGGUAUAUUUCACUCGGAUCCUUAUCAGACAGAGUUCUAGUUAAGGUGAAGAGUGAAACACUACAACACUGCAUGCAAUGUACAUUAUCCUGUACUGCAUGCUGUCGUGAUUUUGUUAUGUACCAAUUAUUCUUGCAAAUUAUGCUAUAUUUGGUUUGCUUUCGACCAAACGUAAAAUUUUUGUAUAAUCGAAUCAGUACCCCUAUGUAUGACGAUAUACAACACUAUAUUCCGCUCUUUCUAUGGAAUAUUUUAUCGGAGCGAAUGGAAAACUCACAGAAUGAGGACAUCGCCAUGUCAUCUGGUGAAGCCACCCGAAUUGACUUCGGGUUGUGACAGGCCACAGGGCUCAAAGAGAAAACAGAUACAAUUUUCAGUGCUGACAUCUUUUGGUGAGGUAGAGCCCAUCAGUAAUGUUCAAAGAUACAAAGUUUAUCAGGAACGUUGAAAAUGACAAAUUGGAAGUGAUUUCACUGUUUCUCUUUGGGGCAAAAGCGUAAUUUGUCAUCAUCUGUGAGCUUUUUGUUGGCCGCUUGACCUAGCUUAGCCAAAGUGCGCGCUGUUUGUUUUGUUAUUGUUAGAUUGCCACACAGUUUGGUGUGUAGAUUGUAUAUGACAUAUCACAAUAAUGGAUUAUUACUGUUCUUAGAGGUAGCAGACGGUUUAUCCUGGCCAGUCGACCUUUCAAAACGUGGGUGGGACAACUUUAAAGGGAUUUGGUGUGAAAAUAUGAGGACGCAAUUUUCAAGUGUGUCGUUUUGUCUUGAUUACCUGUUGCUAGAACAUACGGUGUGAAUCCUUUGGUCUUUAUGUUUCAAAUAUAUGUAAAGAUGUGAAGUAAAAAUCCGAAACAGUUUUAACUCGAUUUUAAAAAUCACCACAUUUACAUAGAUUUGCAAGAAAUAUGCAGUAUCAAUAACAAAUUUUGGUUUUGGCGUUACGCUUCGAUGGAGAGUGUCACCCAUCCAGCUAAGGUUGACUGGCCACAUUUAAAAGCGAGAGUUCUGUUUGUUAUUUUGGCUUUCAACCAUCGUCUACGUGUUCUGUGGAAAAAAUCGCUUUUUGUUAGUCUUCUGCUCAUCAUGUCCUUGUUACCAUGGUUAUAAAUUUCAAUUUGUGUUAUUUACUCACCCUUCACCCCUCUGUUCAUUUCUUUGUCUCUUCUGAAUCAAGGUUUGGAAGAGUCUAAGUUGGCAAUCAAGGGGUGAAGGAUAGGACGCUUUCUUUCUGUCUCCUCGAGACAUUUUUCGUUUGGCGCUGUCACUUUAUCACAAAAAGAGAAUUAGGCCUUUCUUUCUCAUGUUUUAUCUGUCUAGUUAUGUGCCAUUUUUCUUCUCAGCUUAAAUUAACGAUGUUUAUAACUUUCAACCUGCCCCACCCGCGGUGUGAACAAACCAGGCCACAAUAUCAUAUACAGUGGCAGUUCCUGAGUUGAAAAAAACUGAGACACUGCACUAUGCUAUUUAUGGUUAAUUUCAAAGAUACAUUUGCUUUAAUUGAAUAAUUUGCUUGCUUUAAAACUUGUUUAUUCAUGAACUAUUGUCAAAAAAGGCAGCUAUACUUGAAUUUUCAUGAAAACGCAAUAUGGUUGAGAAUUGGUCUUGAAGUUAUGUGACAGCGCCCUCUUUAGUUUCUUUUUCUGUCCGAUGUCAAAUAACGCAAAACCUCCAUCCGCCAUUUUAAUGUAACAUGGAACAUAUAAGUCUGACUACCUCCGCAGUUGCGCGUUAUGUUAAAUUCAUUCCACAAAAACAAAAAAAGUGAUAAUUGUGUCACGAAUAAGAAUGCAUGUUGAGCUAUAUUUUAUACCGUUAAUUUUCAAGUACAUAAAGUUAGAGAUUGUGCGAGACUGUUUUUGGUUGUUCUUUAUAUAAAUGGUUAGAAGUAUAUGACUUAAGUGGCUGAAGUUGAACCUCUGGCGUAUUUCUGAGAUCUUGGAAGCACUGGCACCAGUUGUUAAGAAAAGAACAAUCCAAAGACCUAGAAUAAUGUAACUAUUAUUAAAAAAUAUUCCAGACUUUUUGUCAAAUCAUUGUACUUCGAGAAGCACACUUGAAAAAAAAUGAAUUUUGUGUUGGAGUAAGAAAUAUUUUCAGGGUGAUGUGUAUUCCUGGUUCACCAUCACCAAGCUCGAAGAACUAUUUUCAAAAUGCAUCAGUUCCAUCAGUUGCCGGUGGGUGUCACCCUCAGUCGCUACAGUACUAGUUUAUACGGUGUAUGGAAUGUACGAGUUCAGUUCAAAGGUCAGCAUGUUAAUUAUGUUAAACGUGCAUGCUUCUCAUACAUCUUUGCGAUGGUUAUUAUAUUUUGUUUUUUGCCAAUGCAUAAUUCAGCGCUCCUGUCGUGGAGCGAACAAAUCCAUUAUUUGUUUGCAAAUUUAAAUAAACGUUUGCAGAAAAUGCAUCAGAGUUUAUUUCUGUUGCAUUUUUCCUAGUUUGAUGUGAAAUGCAAUGCAACCCUGUUAAGUGCGGAACGCAAUAACAAAAUUGCUGUUCUCAAAACUUCGGUGCGCGAUUUUUUGGCUAAGCGCAAGUUUUGCUUUCGAAGUGGUGUAUUUUUCGCACUCUAGACACUGUCGCCAUGAUUAGCUGGGACCCCACCAGGUGGCACAGUGUGACUGAGAAAUUAGCGUCCGAAAAAUUCACAGGUGUACCCUUUCUGUGAUUGAAUCAUAACAUCUAUGCAACAUGGUUUCAUAUGUCUAUUGCGAACCUGGGCUGAACAAAUUCACGAAAAUUUGUUUACUUUGUUAACUUGUAACUUGUUGAAGCAAGAAUUAAAACGGAUAUUGUACUUAAUGAUGCAUCUUACAUUAUUGGGGUUCAGUGGCUGGAAUGGACGUGAAUGUCAAUAGUCAGAUUGCAGAUAAGCAUGAAACUGCUUCCUUCUACAAUUCUGACUGUAGAAAUUUGCAUCCAAGUUUUUGCCACUACUAAAGGGUUAAAUUCUCUCCAUUGAUCCAGCUCAGAGGUCGUGACCUUUAAACCAAGGUCAUCACCUUGACCUUCUACCCAAGGUCACGACAUCAGUGACCCCUCUUUUCGCAAGAGCAUCUUUUCACUGUACCAUUUGUCUUUGUAUCCUAGAAUAGAUAUGUCGAUCAGUAGUGUUGUAAUUUCUGCAAGCCAAUCAAAUUCUUUGUACUGUAAGAUUGUAGAUAAUGGUGUAAUAACAAUGAAUUUCAUUGGCUGAGAAAUGCUAUUUGAUAAUGUUAAUUUCCUGUUGAUGAAAUUUUAUGGUACAGAUAUUUUUGCUGCACUGUGCUGCAGGAGGUUAAAUUUGUAUGACUAGAAAUUUUGAAUGUCUUUGGUCGAUAUUUUUGUGCUGUGUCUAUUGGAGCCUUCUUCACCUUAGCUGAGCAGGAUCAUUUUAUAAAGGCAACUGCAUCAUAAUGUUCAUCUGCAUCCAGCUCACUAUGGGUGAAGUUGGUUACUGGUUGAAAUAUUGCAUAGGGGAGCCUGCAGCGAUCUCUUUUUCUGUACCUCUCAAUCUGUAAACUAAACAACAAAUUUGCCAAUUAGUACAUGGUUGCUAAGAGAAAUGAUUGGUUACUAGGGUAAUUGCUUGGUUGCCACAGUAACCUUGGUUGCCAUAGUGAUCUUUGUCAGUUAGCAACCAAUUUAACAAAAUGUCUCUUGGAGCUUGUUCUGAAUGGCUAACUUGUAGUUCCCAGAAAAUAGGUUCUCUGUCUUCACUUUUCUGUAUUUGUUCAUCUGCUAGUGAUUUGUCGGCCAGUUGCCAUGGCAACCAACUGCAUCCUGGGAUAUAUGGAUGGAAGUGUAGACUCUCUCAAAUUUGACACAAAGAACCGAUUCUAGAUUUCCCUUAUUUGUGUAAAAUCCUGAUAGAGCAGUAAUAGAAUUUAUUCAUCCAAAGACCUGAAUUAAUUGCAUAACUUUUCAUAAAUUACCACUUAUUUGCAUGCUAAUUAAUGAAAACUGUAGUCACAAAUAUUCUAAGGUUUGCACCUUCUUAAUGUAGAUAAAGUUGUCUGUCAAUAAUUUGCUAGAUCACAAGUAUUUUAUAGAUUCGUUGAUUACACUUGUACUGGGGGAAUUGGGGAGGCUUUAAAUACCACUGCAAGAGCUACUGAGCCUAUCAGCUGUGUUUCACCUCUCUUUUGCCUCUGACCAGCUGGACAGAGAACUUAACUGUAUGUUAGUGCAGGGGUUAAAGUGAUCUUAUCACGGCAUGCAAAAUCAUUCUCAAAAUCUUGGGCGGCUUCCCACUGUAUACCAUGUUUUCCUUUCCUGCUGGGAUGGAAACACGUGAUAAGCCAACUUGUGUGCGCUGGAAGAUUCUGUGGUGACUGGUCUAGCGGGUCACAGCCAGAAUGCCCUGAUAAGAUCACUUUAAAAGCUGGCAAACAUGAGGUGAAAUAGCAUUUUGUACAGCGUGUGUAUUUUGCCUUUGGUUUGUAUCUUCUUCUGCGACAUAUUCAGUAUUAGUACAGGUAUUCGCCCCCAGUGGGCGCUGCCGCCGUGUUAACGUCCGAUAGCUUUGAUGGUAUUUGACCAGGUGCUCAAAGUGACACCUAUUGGUAGUGAUGGUAUAAACUUAGUGUAGCCUGUAAUUGUCAUCUAUGCAAUUUUAUAUGAGGCUGCAGUGGUUGGGAGCUGCCUGUGACUCGGUGACUGGCUUAUCUCAGUGCCUGUGACUCUGAAGACCCCACAAAACUCAAACUGUCAUAAAAUCUUUUGGAAAGUUCGAAAUGACUUUGGUCUUUCCAUAGGAGAUAGAAGUUGCAAUAUUAUCAUCUGUCACAUAAAAAAAUUGUCCUUAGAACUUGAGUUUGUCAUCCUCCAGCCACUGCAGUUACUUUGUCAAUAUGCACCAUUAUAUUGCCUAUUGUGUAAUGAAUGAACCUGAACAAAAUCUCUUGUUCUAAAUGUAGAGUUUGUUAUUCUUAUCAUAUUCAAUAUUUUAAAGUUAGUAUUGUUAGAAAGGUAUCUCCUGCCAGCGCUGAUAUGUGCUUCUUGAAGAACUCUACAUUGCAAUUUGAUUACUCGUGUCCAUCGACAAAUGAAUUUUUGGUUAAGUUUGAGAAUCAUUUAGAGACAAACAUUUUGAACUAAAAUGCAUUGAGCAAAACUGCAAUGAUCAACAAAAUUAUGAGAAAAAAUGUACAUGAUUUUACAAUACAUUUUGCCCAACAAAACUCAAUGCAUUAUUCAAUUUAGAAUAAUUUUUUUUCGCUAUUUUUAGAUUUCUUCAAGGUAGCAGACGAUCAGCCAGCAUUAUGAAAGUGUCAUUCCGCGACCCUGGCGGCCGGAAGUGUAAUCUGUCCAAUCAAAUCAAUCAAUACCAUCCAGUUUAUAUGUCAUAGUCUUCCAAACGAGUUGUGCUCAUUAUACAACGUGGCGUACGCAGGUGACAAAAUCAAGCAAGUAAAUUGAAAGUGACUGUCAUAGUGAUUAGAAUUUGCCAUCGCUGAUUAGUCAGAAGCGAUAAACUGACUAUUGAGACCAAGGAAAUCUUCAGUCAUUUUGCUUUAAAGGGGAACUAUAGGCAGUAGCUAGGGAGUCAAAUUGGUCAUCUUCAGGUGACUAAUAUGCACAAUUAGGGCUGAGUCGAGUUUGAUUCAGCAUAAGAUAUAUUCCUUGUACAAGCGUAUAUAGUUCAGAUAUGCUGUGAGACGGGAGAGACCCCUUUUGGCAACUUCAUGUGACUUGAUAUGGCCUACUUUGCCGCUGCCUGUAGACUCCCUUUAAGUUGCCUGUGUGUGCUGAACUUGAAUGAUCUGGUGUGCCAAUGUCAUUUGGUAGAAACUUAACUGAUAAUAUUGGUCAUCAGUAAUCUAUGAAUGCAAUGAUGAUACCAUAUAUCGGGCAGCAUACAUUAUGAAUGCUUCUAGUUUCUGGUUGAACAUUGGUGCACAAGAUCUUAAUCUUGUUUUUCGGUCUGCGUCGGACACCAACCACAAUCGGGUUUUAAUUAAUAACAUUGAUCUGGACUUGUACUGUUAGUGCUGCUUUACUAGUAGUAAUUUGUCAGUGUUUGUUAAGAAGAAGAAUGAAUUAUUUGACCCUUUCAGUGCUAAAAGAUUGAAGAUUCAAAUAUUCAGUAUUGCCGUCGUAAGGGCCGUUUCACAUUGCGAGUUUGCACUGUCCGGAAUAUUUGAGGAAAUUUGUUGAUUGGAAAUGAAUGGGAACAAAAACCCAAGGCAAUGCUUGUAUAAGGCUGUCACUAUUUGACCUAUGCUGACUUUCGAUAUAUGAUAAUAUUGUAUGGCAUUGCACUGAAAGGGUUAAUGUCUGCAGUUGAAUAGUUCAUACUAGUACUCAGUAGUAGUUUGGUUCGGAGAAAAUGGCUCCAUCGUACGUCCCAGAAUGCCGUUUGAACUGCGGACCCAAGAAGGAAAAAAACAAUAUCGUCUUUGACAUUUUUGAUGCAGAAAGAAACAUUUCUUCUUCAGUGUUUGAAAACAUUAUGCAAAACUUUGAAAGUUUAUUAUUGCCUGGUUUCACUUGUCUUACAUUCAGAUUUCGGGUUUCUUGGUGAAGGUCACAAUUUUUUACUAUUUUAUAUGUGAGGCCAUUAAACUUUCUUUUCUGUUCUGUCACAACAAUGACUCCAAAAAUGCAUGGGAAAAUGUCUAAAAAAGUGGUCACUAGUUUCUUCAAUGAGAGAAAAAAUGAGAAACCUAUCGGACAAGUCCGGACGUGUCGUUUUGAAUGACCUCUGCUCUGUCACAACAAUGAAACAAAAAACACAUGGGAAAACAUUUGAAUGACUUCGGUUCUUUUCUGUCGACGCGAUUUCCUUCUUGGAUCGGCCAUAGUACGUCUCGUCAACCUUUUACCCAUCUUGUCAUAAUGAUUCAUAAAACAGCGCUGGUCAGUAACUUGGUUGCCAGGAAUGUGCUGCCGUCUCAUGUUUGUUUUAAGUCAGCUUUGCCUGAAGGCUUGGUUGUUCAAAACAGCAAUUAACCGUCAAAACAUUCUAAGUCUAGCUUGGCGAUAUCUCAAAGUUAUUGAAGCCCGGCCCGGGACAGAGUCAUUUAAAACCAAGUUGCGCUUUGAAUGACCUCAGAGCAGCCGAUGAUGAAUUCCUGGCAAAGUGUCAGUGGCCAUCUUGUCCGCAGAUCAUGUGACCUGUUCAUUAUACCAUCACUCAUGUACAUAUUCUCAUUAUGUAGACUGUUUAUUCAUUCUCUUUGUAUCAUUAUCUUUCAGUAUAUGACUUUUAUACACCACGAAAAUCAACAGAAUUUGAAUUUUUAAUUUUGCAAUUGUAAUAAUGUGAUUUAACUCUGACGAAUUCAAAACAAUAAAAAGGUUAAACUUCUG